UAUGACUUGUUUGUUUAUCCCGCAGACUAGACCACUUUUUAACGAGAGUGUGGUAUGUAAUAAUAGUUCAGUCAGUCAAUCGUUUGUUGCACUCUCAGCAAUCUGAAACGAUAUGGAUUCCAUGGAGGCUGGAUCAGCUCCAGACUUUCUCAACAGUGAGUUUUUGACCGAGUGUCUGCGGAACGAAUGGAGAAAUCAAAAUAUCAUCAUUGAAAGUUACAAGUCGUCACGAGCAGCCCCUCCUGGAUAUACCUUUAUAAGCUGCCCUUUACGGGUUCAGAUUAACUUCAAAUACCAUCCAGAAGACAGUACUAUCCAUUUUAUUUCACUGAUUGUCAAAUCAGAACCACUCGAAGGACAGAUAAAAGAUGUAGCGGACCCUAUCCAUCUGAGUGAACCCGUAUUCUACAGUAAGUUCGUUCCAGAAAUUAACAAUCUAAUUAGUACUCAGCUAGUUCCCAAAAGUUUCUUUUCGCCAAGGCUUUUCACAGUGGUACUUGAAGAUCUGAGAGAACAAGGAUUUAAAAAUGUAAGCAAGGCCAAAAUGUUAGAUUUAGAUCAUAGCCGGUUGUAUUUUAAAACUGCGGCUACACUACACGCAUUGUCUUUUGUCGUAAAUAAAAAUAAUCCUUCACUUUUGGAGACGAUUGGCAAAGAGAAGAUAUAUACAAAUGGUUUGGAUAUUUCAAAUAUUAUAAAGAGCCACAUAAGAAACGGACUGAAGUGUUUGAGCGAAUGUACUGAGCAAAUAGAGAGAUUUAAGAAGUACAUCAAACUGCUGAAAGAUGCAAUUACAAAUCUUUGGGACCUAUUAGUCGAAGCUCUAAAACCUAGUGCAGUGUUGAACACGAUUAAUCAAGGAGACUCUUGGACCAUCAACAUGAUGUUCAAAUACGAUGAAGGAGGUAAUGUUUGUGACAUGAGAUUGUUGGACUUCCAACUGUUACGGUACGGCUCUCCAGUAAAUGACUUGGUCUUUUUCAUCUGGUCUAGUGCGACUCACGAGGUGAGAAGUCACGGGCUUGAAGAGUUGUAUAAUUUGUAUGUAGAAACAUUCAACAACAAGCUUAGAGAUUUGAACUGCAAGGAAACCAUAUCUUACGAAUACGUGAGGAGUGAGGAGAGAAGGUUAAGUCCUCUAGCUCUCUAUCUGGUGGCAGGCAUGCCACCCUUUAACUGUGAGAACUCUGUUUCUAAUAUGGAACCAUUCUUACAUAAAGAAAAUGAAGAUGAAGAAGCUCUAAAUAUUUACAGGAAAUACUACGAUGAGCAAUUUUGCAGUUAUCACGUGCCCAGAUAUCUGGAACAGAUGGAGUCUGUGGGAGUGUUCGAUUAUUUAGAACAGUGCAUUCAGCUCCGUAAUUAGUCUACCAGUUUGUGUGCCUGUACUAAAUGUUAACGUAAGAUGAUAAUGUUUUCAUAUUAUAAUAAGCAAGGGUAAGCAAGUACAUGCAUAUUGUGUGAAGUAAGACGUGUGCAAUUCUUCAUUUAAAGUCCACAUAGUGAGUUGACAAACUGUACUCAGUACAUAAGCUAAUCGUAAAUAAUUUUAAUAAUGGAAAAACAAAGAUUUCUGAACAGUUUAUAUAUGUUCCUAAACAAGGGAUUUUUGAAGAGUUGAACUGACAUCCGAUGACGGUUGUUUUAUUAUAUUAUUUAUCUUCUUGUUCUGUUUAUAUUUAUAUACAUUUUGUAACUUUAAAAGGUUAUUAAAAUACAAGAAAUGUAUGAUUUGCAUUUUAACAUAGUUUCAUUUUGUAUUUUAGAAGAAAAAGGUUAACACAACUUUACUCUUAAAGAAACGAAAAGAGUAAUAACAAUAAUAGUAUGGAGACUAUAAUUACUGUUACUGUUUUAUCAUUACAGUUUAGAGCUAUCAUACUGUUAUAAAAUAAUAUUUAAAUAUAAUAGAUAACUAUCUAAAGA